AUGUCCCGUGCUACGCGUCCAAGUGAGAAUAAGACCAAGACUAGUGAAGGGCAAAACCAAGGAACUGUCUAUCUAUCGUACGUAGAAGGUGUUACGGACCAAAUUGGCAAAAUCCUAAAGAAAAAGAAAAUCGACACUGUCUACGACCCAACAAAGAAAAUAGGGAAGUACCUCAAAACAGCAAAAGAUCGCAAAGACUCUCUCACAUCAGCAGGAGUCUACAAAAUUCCGUGUGCUUGUGAAAAAGUAUACAAAGGACAAAUAUAUAAAAGCACUGGUACGCGACUAACAGAACACAAAAGAAGUUGUUGUUUAGGACAAACCGAAAAGUCGCCAAACACACAUUAUCCAAAGGAGAACAAAAGAUCCUUUUCUAAAACACCUACCUACUAG